AAUUCUCAAGGUUGCUAACAUAACACCAAAUUUUCGAAGCUGUAGAAAAAUCAAAUGUUUUAGCCUAUAAUAGGAUAAAAUGGAGAACAAUAGAGACGAAGAUGUAGAUUUCGACUUCUUUGAUUCUCCGAAACAUGAGAAACGUGUUAAUAAACAUGAAAGAGAGCAGGUUGAUGCUCCGAAAAAUCAUAAAAGUGUGGAUGAAAAACAACAUGGCCACUCCAAAAAGAAAGACAAAAAUUCAAAAAGUUACAGUUCCGAUUCCGACUCAUAUUACAGUGAUACUCCCAGAUCAAAUUCCAGCAGUGUAAAGAAGAUUGAAGCCAAAGUGCCGACAUCGAAAAAUUCGAACAGUUCUAGAUCUAGUGACAGUUUUCAGUCUACAUCUGAUGAAACAGAUCAAGAUGAAAAAAGGUCGACACGACCUAAAACAGCUAAUGUUUCCCGUCGUAAAACAAGAGGAAAAACUAAUGGUCAGUCUUCGAAUUCAGAACGUGAGCGAAAAUACUCAGAUAAAAGUUAUUCAGAUGAGAGUGAGUCUUAUCACCCUCGUCAUGGUAGACGUCAAAGCAAAGAUGAUUAUUCAGAAUCUGAUAGCGAUACAUCCAGCACCAGUUAUACAACAUCGGAUGAGGAUGUCACCGAUGUGUCCCCCCUUGGUUCUCCUGAUGUUAGCCCUGUUGGAUCACCGAGCAGGAAGUUCCGGGAGGAAUACAGUCCUCAGAGUAGGGGUUCAUCAAAAAGUGGACGCCCCGAUAAUGGGAGAAACAAGGUGCAAUAUUCGGAUAGUGAAGCACGUAAAGAUGAUCUGAAACAUCUACUUGCAUCAGAUCCUGAUGGUAUGGACUUGAAGUUGUUAAUGAGAGCGAUCCUUGAAAUGGAUGAAGAGAGACAGCAAACCUCGGAACAUCCCAAAUCUAGAAAAGUUCUCAUUAUGCCUCCAAAAGGUGCAUCAGAUAGAAACUUUUCAUUUGAAAAUAAUCGUGUUCGAGAAAUUGAUCGUGAAAAUGAGCGAUUAUUGAAUGAGAUCAUGAAGAGAAAUAAACCAAAACCUAGGAAGAAGUUACAUCCGGCCCCUCCCCCAGUUAAACGUGUCACACAUACAACCGUCAACAGGCAGAGGGAGCAGAGAAAAAUCGAACAGCAAAAUUUGGCGAUGAUGAAACGACUUCAAACUGUGAAAGCUACAAAGGGGAUGUCCCGUAAUGAACAACUCCACGACUUUGAUCGUCAGAUGACAUAUGGAGUCCCCUUAUUUGCCUGGGAAAAAGAGGUUGAGCGAAACCAUCGGGAUGUUCGCAGGAGGCCUAAAGAAACACCCUUUGGCAGUGAGGCUAGUCUACCAAUGGGAAGCCGCACACAGAGUAUGAAUAGCCUCAGAAGUCACGCAAGCUCUGGGACAAAAUCAAUGAGUAAUAUGUCCAGUUCGGGAAAACGUAGCCGACCACAAAGCGCAAAAUAUCGCUCCAUACCAGAAUGGGAUGAAAACUGGCAGACAAGCCAAUCAUCUUUGAGUAAUAAAUCGAUUACAAAUGGACGUCCAAGUUCAGGGAAACGCACCCGUCCCCAAAGUGGGAAAACGCGCAGUAAACCAGAAUGGGAGCCAGGGUGGUGAUUGAACUAAUGAUGUGAACCUUUGAAUUUAGUAUGGUACUGUUUAGGCAUAUCUAUCUUCCGGAUGUUCCGAUUUAUGUUGUAACCAGGUGCCAAAUUCUCAAUUUUCCUGUUUUGGAAGCCAUGUCUUUAACAGAAACUCUGCAUAGUUAAUAAAUACUAAAUCAAUGUUAAAAACCUUAUCAUAGAUAUGAUGAUUAUUUUCAAAAUUCUUAACUUAACAAAGUUUCUGCGGUUAAUGAUAGACCCCCUAAUUUAGAAAUAUCUGAAUGUGGUCAAAAUACUCAUGUUAUUAUGAUUUUUUAUGCUACCACCACAAGUGAUAACAUAUUGUUAUAAGUCUCCACUUUUUUGUGGAUGGUGU